AUGGCGGCGGCAGCCGAGUCUGGGGCCCGCACUUGGCCCGGAGGGGGCUCCCCGCGCCCCGGCAGCCCGGCCUCCAGCCCCGGGCUGGGCGGCGGAGGCCGCGCGCGGGGACCCGGGGCCGAGCGCGGGGGCUCCAGGACCCAGCCCCCCGCCGCCGCGCUGGGCCACAGCUUCCGCAAGGUGACGCUCACCAAGCCCACCUUCUGCCACCUCUGCUCCGACUUCAUCUGGGGGCUGGCCGGCUUCCUGUGCGACGUGUGCAACUUCAUGUCCCAUGAGAAGUGCUUGAAGCACAUGAAGACCCCGUGUGCGUGCGUGGCACCCAGCCUGGUCCGGGCCCCGGUGGCGCACUGCUUCGGCCCGCGGGGCCUGUACAAGCGCAGGUUCUGCGCCGUCUGCCGCAAGAGCCUGGAGGUGCCCGCGCUCCGCUGUGAAGUGUGUGAGCUGCACGUUCACCCCGACUGUGUGCCCUUCGCCUGCAGCGACUGCCGCCACUGCCACCAGGACGGGCACCAGGAUCAUGACACGUACCACCACCACUGGCGGGAGGGGAACCUGGCCUCCGGGGCGCGCUGUGAUGUCUGCCGGAAGACCUGCGGCUCCUCCGAGGUGCUGGCGGGCCUGCGCUGCGAGUGGUGUGGGCUCCAGGCACACUCGCUCUGCUUCUCCGCACUGGCCCCCGAGUGCACAUUUGGGCGCCUGCGCAGCAUGGUCCUGCCCCCUGGCUGCGUGCGACUGGCGUCCCGCAACUUCAGCAAGAUGCACUGCUUCCGCAUAGCGGAGACUGGGGCUCCCGAGCCAGGUGAGGGGGACGACAGUGUGGACAGCAGUAUCACCGCAGGCCCAGGCCGAGAGGUGCCGUCGGCUCCGGAAUCGAGCAAGCAGACCCUGAAGAUCUUUGAUGGCAACGAUGCCAUGCGGCGAAACCACUUCCGACUGGUCACUGUUCCCCGGCUCGCCAGAAGCGAGGAGGUGCUGGAGACGGCAUUGCGGGCGUACUAUGUCAGCGAGGACCCCCGAGACUUCGAGCUGCAGGCCCUCCCCGUGUCCACACCAAGCAGCGAGGCAGCCGGGGAUGAGGGCAGCCGGGGGCCUGAGGCCUGGGUCAUCCGGGCCCUGCCCCGGACACAGGAGGUGCUGAAGAUCUACCCUGCCUGGCUCAAGGUGGGUGUGGCCUACGUGUCCCUCCGAGUGGGCCCGCAGAGCACGGCCAGGACAGUGGUGCUGGAGGUUCUGCCGCUCCUCGGCUGCCAGACGGAGAGUCCCGAGAGCUUUCAGCUGGUGGAGGUGCUUAUGGGCAGCCGGCAGGGUGAGUCCAUGCAUCCGGGCUGCGGCCAUGCCCACUGGGGCAGUGCCCGUUCAGCCCGUGUCCGCUCAGCCCGGGCCCCCUUUGGCCGGGUCCCCCCCUCGGCCUGUGUCCCCCUCGGCCCGUGCCCCCUUGGCUGGGGUCCCCCCUCGGCCUAUGCCACCUUUGCCCGUUUCCCCCUGCCUGUGCUCCCCUCAGCCUCUGCCCCCUUGGCUCGUGCCCAGCAUCCCACAGGAGUUCAGCGGACGGUGCUGGCCGAUGAGGAGCUCAUACUGGACCGGCUCCAGGACAUCCGGCAGACGUCCCUGCGGCACAUGAGCCAGACGCGCUUCUACGUGACGGAGAGCCGGCCGCCGGAGCCCCGAGUCUCCCUGUUUGUGGGUGGCCUGCCGCCCGGCCUUGCCUCCCAGGAGUACGGCCCCCUGCUGCAGGAUGCCGUGGGCGCCAAAGCUGAUGUGGUGACUGUGAGUCACAUCUACCCCUCGCAAGGUGCCCUGGUGCUGGACGUCACCUGCUUCGCGGAGGCCGAGCGACUCUACAUGCUGGUCAGGGACACGGCCGUGCAGGGCCGCCAGCUGACGGCCUUGGUGCUGCCCGACGUGCUGGCCGCUGCGGACACACCUAGCUUCCCUCCGCCUCGCUGCGUUCUGGGAGAGGGUGCCUGCCCGAGGCGGCCAGGCAUUGGUGGGUUCCACCUGGGGGACCCACGGCCCCUGCCCCUGGUGGUAGGUGAUGCUCCCUGUCUGGACUGUUGCCCUGAGGACUGCCUGCUCACAGCUGUCCUGCUGGAGGACGCAGGCGCGGGGCAGGGGCCUGGCAGAGCGGGCAGCAGUGCCAGUGCGCCGAAUGCCUCUGUCAGCCGUCUGCCCGUGGACGAGGCACUAAGUCAGGACCUCGGGGGCCCCCAGCUGCUGUGUGUCCCCUCCGUGGCCCUCUGGGGCAGCCUCACCUGCCCAGCCAGUGGCACCUGGUCCACGGCUCCGUGGCCCUUGGGCUGGAGUUCCAUCUCACAGGCCACUGUCAACCCGCUUCACCCCGGGCCGCUGCAGCCUCAUGAGAAGCUGCCCCCAGACUGCUGCCCGCUCCUCGUGUUCGUGAACCCCAAGAGCGGGGGCCUCAAGGGCCGAGACCUGCUCUACAGUUUCCGGAAGCUGCUGAACCCACACCAGGUCUUUGAGCUGACCAACGGGGGGCCUCUCCCCGGGUUCCACAUGUUCUCCCAGACCCCCCGCUUCCGGGUGCUGGUGUGUGGGGGGGACGGCACCGUGGGCUGGGUGCUCGGUGCCCUGGAGGAGACGCGCCACCGGCUGGCCUGCCCCGAGCCCUCCGUGGCCAUCCUGCCACUGGGCACAGGUGAGGGGGACGACAGUGUGGACAGCAGUAUCACCGCAGGCCCAGGCCGAGAGGUGCCGUCGGCUCCGGAAUCGAGCAAGCAGACCCUGAAGAUCUUUGAUGGCAACGAUGCCAUGCGGCGAAACCACUUCCGACUGGUCACUGUUCCCCGGCUCGCCAGAAGCGAGGAGGUGCUGGAGACGGCAUUGCGGGCGUACUAUGUCAGCGAGGACCCCCGAGACUUCGAGCUGCAGGCCCUCCCCGUGUCCACACCAAGCAGCGAGGCAGCCGGGGAUGAGGGCAGCCGGGGGCCUGAGGCCUGGGUCAUCCGGGCCCUGCCCCGGACACAGGAGGUGCUGAAGAUCUACCCUGCCUGGCUCAAGGUGGGUGUGGCCUACGUGUCCCUCCGAGUGGGCCCGCAGAGCACGGCCAGGACAGUGGUGCUGGAGGUUCUGCCGCUCCUCGGCUGCCAGACGGAGAGUCCCGAGAGCUUUCAGCUGGUGGAGGUGCUUAUGGGCAGCCGGCAGGUUCAGCGGACGGUGCUGGCCGAUGAGGAGCUCAUACUGGACCGGCUCCAGGACAUCCGGCAGACGUCCCUGCGGCACAUGAGCCAGACGCGCUUCUACGUGACGGAGAGCCGGCCGCCGGAGCCCCGAGUCUCCCUGUUUGUGGGUGGCCUGCCGCCCGGCCUUGCCUCCCAGGAGUACGGCCCCCUGCUGCAGGAUGCCGUGGGCGCCAAAGCUGAUGUGGUGACUGUGAGUCACAUCUACCCCUCGCAAGGUGCCCUGGUGCUGGACGUCACCUGCUUCGCGGAGGCCGAGCGACUCUACAUGCUGGUCAGGGACACGGCCGUGCAGGGCCGCCAGCUGACGGCCUUGGUGCUGCCCGACGUGCUGCAUGAGAAGCUGCCCCCAGACUGCUGCCCGCUCCUCGUGUUCGUGAACCCCAAGAGCGGGGGCCUCAAGGGCCGAGACCUGCUCUACAGUUUCCGGAAGCUGCUGAACCCACACCAGGUCUUUGAGCUGACCAACGGGGGGCCUCUCCCCGGGUUCCACAUGUUCUCCCAGACCCCCCGCUUCCGGGUGCUGGUGUGUGGGGGGGACGGCACCGUGGGCUGGGUGCUCGGUGCCCUGGAGGAGACGCGCCACCGGCUGGCCUGCCCCGAGCCCUCCGUGGCCAUCCUGCCACUGGGCACAGGGAAUGACCUUGGCCGAGUGCUCCGCUGGGGGGCCGGCUACAGUGGAGAGGACCCUUUCUCUGUGCUGGUGUCCGUGGAUGAGGCUGACGCUGUGCUCAUGGACCGCUGGACCAUCCUUCUGGACGCACAGGAGGCCAGUGGCACAGAGAACAGUGUGGCCGAUGUGGAGCCUCCCAAGAUCGUCCAGAUGAAUAACUACUGUGGAAUUGGCAUCGAUGCGGAGCUGAGCCUGGACUUCCACCAGGCACGGGAGGAGGAACCGGGCAAGUUCACGAGCAGGUUCCACAACAAGGGCGUGUACGUGCGGGUGGGGCUGCAGAAGAUCAGCCAGUCGCGCAGUUUGCACAAGGAGAUCCGGCUGCAGGUGGAGCAGCGGGAGGUGGAGCUGCCCAGCAUCGAGGGGCUCAUCUUCAUCAACAUCCCCAGCUGGGGCUCAGGGGCCGACCUGUGGGGCUCGGACAGCGAUGGGCGGUUUGAGAAGCCACGCAUAGACGACGGAUUGCUGGAGGUGGUCGGGGUGACAGGCGUCGUGCACAUGGGCCAGGUCCAGGGCGGCCUCCGGUCUGGCAUCCGCAUCGCACAGGGCUCGUACUUCCGGGUCACGCUCCUCAAGGCGACCCCAGUGCAGGUUGACGGGGAACCCUGGGUCCAGGCCCCUGGCCACAUUAUCAUCUCGGCUGCGGGCCCCAAGGUGCACAUGCUGAAGAAGUCCAAGCAGAAGCCCAGGAAGGCUGGAGGUGUCCCCAAGGAGGCCCGAGUGGAUGGGACACCUGCCCUGGAGCGUGAUGCCAAGAUGCAGCCAGCGGCAAGAUUUACAUGUACCUGCUGGGUCCUGGGACACCCUGGGCAUGCACCUCAACAGCCCCUGCAGCUCAGCACAGAUGAGCUGCACCCCCACGCCUUUUCACCCGAGCGUGGCCCUCUGCCUCCUGACUGGGCUGUGGUGGGCUCUAGGGAAGGGCCCCUCAUCCCCACACAGCAGGGUAUCGGAGGUCCUGCACUGGCCCCUGGUGGAACCUGUCCUGCUAUUCACCAGCCCUCAUAG